AGCUGUGUUAGACUGUCUAACAAUUAUUCUAUUUCUGGGCAUUCUCUUCGUUUGUUCUAUUACUUCUGUGAGACCAAUUUCUCUCAUUUGAACACAGCAGCAUGGCAUUAAGUUGAAGGAAUUAUCAUUAAUUAUAUUCGUUAUCUUUACAAUAUCUACUCGUUUCCAUCAUCUGGCCGUUCUCAGCAUAUGAUGUCAGCUCUAACGUGGCUUGAGAUGGCUUAUAUCACAGGAAAUCGCCUUUCCAUCCAAGAUAACCUCACUUAGAACCUUACCGGUGCCAGGUCCAUUAGUGAUACCCCAUACGGAAUGUCCUGCUCCGAUGUAGAUUCCUUCACUGACCUUACCGAUAAUUGGUGAAUGUGAUGAUGAUAUUGGUAAAUAACAUGCCUGCUCCUUUUCAACUGACAUUGUCUCGUUGAAGUAGUCAGAGAUCAACGCAGAUUGGGCUUUAAGCUCUGCGAUUGCACUUUUAGAAGGCACAACUUGAGAGGCAUCAUCUGGGAGAGCUACACUAUCACCUGCUCCACAGAUAUAUGCUGUACCCUUUGGUCUACAGUAUAUCUCAGGCUCAUGGGUCGUUGAUCUCUCUUUGACCAUGGUGAACAAACAGUGGUUGCUGAGUUCUCUGCCUUGACUUGGUCUAACGAUAAUUGAGUGUGCUCUUUGUCCGUCAACUCGACAUUUCUUGGCUUCGGCUGGUGUGAGUAAUUUUUCCGCUACUCUUCCCGUCCAAGGACCAGCAGUCAAUACGAUAUCUGUUGCAGAUAUCUCUAUGUUGUCCCCUUCCCUCGUUUCAGCUCUGACCGAUGAAAUUUUUCCGUCGUUAUCUCUACUAAUCUUCACAGGCGAAGCUAUCACAAUAUCAGCUUUGCUGUGCUCUGCGAGGGUUUUGACAAGUGCUUCCGGCGUAACUUGUGCGGUGCUAGGUGGUGUGCCCAUUACGGUGCAUUUAUCGACAAUGUUAUCAUUCAGCCAAUGUGCGCCUUUCUUUUUAGAUUCGUCGAGUUUCCCCUUCUUUGGUCCGACUUGUCCCAGUAAACUGAGUGCAUUUACUGGUCGAUACUCCCAGUUAUUGACACCAUCGUACGUAUCUGCGAGCUCCUUAUGGAGACUAAAGGAGAGUUCAGCUAGACUGGCUGUAUCCGGACCAUGCCAAUCUUCCGCCAGGAAUCCGCCAGAUUUACCGGAUGCUGCAGACGCUACUGACGUCGAUUCCAAGAUUGUUAUCUUAUCUUUUCCCGGCGUGUAUCCUGAGUGCUUGCUUAAGUAGUAUGCUGUACUGCUACCAACUAUACCGCCGCCAAUGACGACUAUUGAUUUUGCCAUAGUUGUAUUGGAGUAAGUGGAUAGAUGAGAUCAACAGUUCAAGUAAUAGUCAGAUUUUAUCUUUGACCUUUGUUGACGUAUAUUUCAUUGUCUUCUCUCUUAUCCCUACACCACCACAUGGACUUAGCGACGAUUUUGAUUAGCAGUCUGUCUCCAGACACAGCACAAAGAUCAGCCGCGGAGAAGGAACUAGAGAGAUUGCAACCUGACGCUCAGUUUGCUCUCGCUCUCACGGAUCUGAUCGCUAAUCUCGAUAACCCGCUACACACGCGUCAGUCAGCGGGUAUCAUCCUCCGUAAAUACGUCAAUGAGCGCUGGUCACCCUUCUUUGUUGCAUUCAAAGGUAGUCCACCACCGCCAGAGAUUAAAGAUGUUAUUAGACAGCGUUUGUACGCACUAUUGGCAACACCACACAAGCAAAUUAGAACAGCAUGCGCAUACGCUUUAGCUUCAAUUGCAAGCUGCGAUUAUCCAGAACAAUACCCUUCACUCUUGCAUGAUCUAGCUCAGCUAAUACAGCAAGGUGGUAGAGAUGGCGUACACGGUGCUAUGAGAGUUCUUCUCGAUUUCGUCAAGGCAGACCUCACAGAGGCGCAAUUGGUGCCAAUCACCCAGGAAUUGCUCCCAUUGCUACUUCAGAUUCUUAAGAAUCCACAUUACGCAGACAGUACCAGGGGUUUGACAGUCGCUGUUCUUAGACAAUGCGUACUUACACUCGAAAUGGUCAAAUCGACCUACCCAGAUGCUGUCAAAGAUACCGCGAACAAGGUUAUACCCGUAUGGAUGGAUGCCUUCAUUGAGGUUCUCCAAGUACCUCCACAACUAGAGAGCAGGUCUCAAUGGGGUAUCAGAUUUGAGAUUGUUAAGACCAUCUCCUCUGUUUUCUCUACCUUCAAGCCUCUCAUCACGGCUAGCAAUAGAAUAGACAUUUUGACACGCACUUUGAUUGAUCAUUUAGGAUCCCUUCUGCCAAUAUUCAACGAUAUAGAAGUUUAUGAUACCAACACUUAUGAACAACCUGAUGGAGAAGAAGAUGACGAUGGCGCUACUGUCAAUGAACUCAUCUGUCCUAUUGUAGACCUCCUUACUGGGUUUGCGAACAACAAACAUGCCAAGUCUACAAUAGAGCAAGUAAUCCCUGUACUUGUAAGACUAUCGCUUGAGUGGGGUCAAAUGACGGUCGAAGACGAAGAAACAUGGGGCUCAGACCCUAAUGCCUUCGUUGAUGAUGAAGAAGAUGAGACUGAGAACUACAGUCUUAGAGUUGCAACACAUGAUUUAUUGGGUACUUUAUUGGAUAGGUACCCAAGCCUCACUGCUCAAGCUCUUGGCCCUGUUACUGGUGAAAUGCUCGCAAAUUCCCAAGGUGCAUCUCAGGAGGGCAACCAAUACUGGUGGAAGCCAAUCGAAGCCGCCUUAGCUGCGAUUGGUAAUCUCUCAAACCAAUUAGGUGAUGAGGAUCACCCAGCAGCUGAAAAUUUCGAUCUCGUAGGAUUAUGUCAGAGUGUUGUUAGCCAAUUCGUUAGUGCCAAGGAAGCGCCUUAUCUACAAGGAAGAGCUUUCGUUUUUGCUUCCAAAUUUGCCACCAAUUUGCCAGAAGCACUUGUUGACGCUUUCGUUGAAGCUGCAGCUAGCAUUUUGACUGAGAGUGAUGCUGGGGUACCUGUUAAAUUGAGCGCUGUACGCGCAAUAAGAAACUUCGCUCAUGAUUUGGAUUCCGACAGAAUAGGUCCAAAGGCCUUACCUAUUCUCUCUUCAGUAGUCCCACUGCUUUCACUUACGACCGAAUCUACGUUAGGUUUAUUAGUCGAGGCGGUAGAUGGCUUGCUCAGUACUAUCGAGAAAGAAACUCUAACAACCGAUCUUGUUGUUCAAUUGUCUUCGGUUAUCUUGCCAGUUUGGGAAAAGAAUAUCAAUGAUCCACUGUUAUCUUCCCAACUCGAUGAUUUGUUCGUUACGUUGUCCAAGUUGUCACCAUCCGUUCAUACGGCAUUGGUAAAUGUCUCUGUUUCUCCCCUUGUUAGUGCCGUUAGCCGUGCUUUACCUGGACAAACGAGCGACGAUGAUAUCGAUGCACGUCUGCUCGCUAGCUCAGCAUUGCAACUUAUCAAUUCAAUUGUAGGUGCUCGAGCACAAGGAUUGGAACCAAGUGUUUUGGAUUCAACAUGCCCAGCACUUUUCAGCAUCCUCGAAGCAUCAGAUGAUAGGUCACUUGUACAAGACGGUAUUGAGCUGCUUACGACAUUCAUCCGUAAGGAUAUACAAGGCUUGCUCGAAUGGAACAAUGAUACACUCGUUAGAAUUCUCAAUGUUAUCGCAAAAUUACUCUCAACUGCUGAAUCUGAAGGUAGUGCUCUAUUUAUUGGCGAUGUUAUUAUACAACUUUUCCGCAAUGUACCUAAAGAGAUACUCGACCCUGCCUUACCACAACUCUUGAAGGUUGUUUUGGACAGAUUGGCGUUGAGCAAGACUUCAGCCUUUACCCAAAACUUGGUCAUACCAUUCGCAUAUUUGAUUCACACUCGCAGAGAAAUAAUGUUAGAUUAUUUGGCGAAUACAGCAGUAUUGGAUGCUACGACUAAUCAAAUGGUUAAUGGCCUAGAAAUAUUGUUGAGAAUGUGGAGUGAAAAUGCUGAAACAUUUAGAGGAUUUUGGGCUAUUAGAAUUAGUACACUCGCUUUAGUUGACUUGUAUACAAGUCAGGAUCCAAGAUUAGAAUCUAUUUUCGUUAAAGGUGAUCAAAUAUUUGAUGAAGCUAACAAAAACACCAUAAUGACGCGCUCAAAAACUCGCAAUCAACCUAUCAGCUUCACUAGUAUAAACUUCCCAUUGAAAGCCGUAAAGUUGAUUUUAAAUGAGCUUCAAAAUGCAGGCACAUCAGCUGCUAAAUCGAACGUACUUAAGGAUGUUGAUGAAGAUGAUGAGGAUGAUGAUUGGGAAGAUGAUGAUCCACUUGGUGGUGCUGAUGAUGAUAUUCACUUCUUGUCUGAUUUACUCAAUCCAGGUGGUGCAGGACUGCUUGAUGCAUUCGACGAGGAUGAUGAUGAGGAGGAUCUGAAAAAUGAUCCAGAUGCACAGCUAGAUAUUGCUGCAUACUUGUCUGAUUUCCUUAGACGAGCAUAUACUGACAACACUUUCAAUACUCAUGAAAGAUGUGCUAAUCUUACGCCUCAAGAACAAGCAAUUUUUCAACACGCUAUGGUCAACUAAUUUAGUGUUAUUUCCAUUGUCUUGGAAUAAUAGGAUAUAAAUUUAUUACAUAU